AUUUCAAGCUCCUCUUUUUGUUGUUUGGUAUCUCCAGAUUUUCCUUCAGAUAAAGAAAAAGGAUAGGAGAUGACGUCAGUUUCAACUUUGAAUCCUAAUGCUCCUCCCUACAUUCCUGCCGCGUUCCGCCAAGUGGAAGAUUUUUCUGCAGAAUGGUGGCAACUGGUGACAACAUUUCCCUGGUACCAUGAUUACUGGCUCAGCCACCAGGACGAGGAAGGUUUUUAUGAGCAUGAAUCAGACAGAAAUAGCGUCACUGAUUUGCUGCCUGAUACAUUUGAUCUUGACGUCACUGAAGAUUUCUUUGUUCACUAUUCUGAUUCUCAAGAGGUAACUGGAUCCGUCACUUCAGUUGAAGCAGAGCAUGUAGGGAAGCUUCCACCAGCAUAAGCACAGGAUGACUUCAGCAGCCUGGAUGGGUCCUUUAGCUACUUACCAUAUUAUCUGUAUCUUUAACCUUUAGUUAUUUACCAUAUUAUCUGUAUAGGCAAGGGUUCAAAUUUCUGUUCAAAAAAUUAUGGAAAAGAAUUGUUCGAAGCUUCAUCAAGUGCUAUUUUAGGUAAACUUCUAGACGGAUGUUUAUGAGUAAAUCUCGCGCAGCAGAAUUCAUGAGCUUAAUGUUAGAAACAUGGAUGGAGAAAAAUUUU